AUGUUUGGCCCCCUUAUUCUAUCCCCCCUCAGCGAGUUAUACGGCCGCCGUAUAGUAUUCAACUCUGCGAAUGCUUUCUUCACUUUAUCUCACAUCGGGUGUGCUCUCGCACCCAACGUUGGAACAUUCCUCGCUUUUCGCAUAAUAUCUGGCAUCGGAGGGUCAGUAACCCUAUCCGUUGGGGGAGGGAUAGUAGCAGAUCUUUUCGAUGUUCACCAGCGAGGUGUGGCCAAUGCACUUGUCACGACAGGGUCAGUGUUUGGGCCUGUAUUAGGUCCCCUCAUUGGAGGCAUAAUUACAAAGUAUGCUGGCUGGCGAUGGAUAUUCUGGGCUCUUCUUAUCGCCUGCGCUGUUCUGGCAAUCGCCAUCGCCUCUUUCGCACAGGAGACCAACGCCUCGGUGAUAAUCCGUCGCAAGACACUGCAACUGGGAAAGGAAACGGGCAGACAAGAUCUUCAGAGCGCUUACGAUUCCGAAAAGCAGCCCGCCAGUCUCGAUAAUCCUUGGACUCUCUUGGCUCGAGCAAUUGGCCGCCCGUGGAAAAUGCUUACCCACUCCCCACUCCUGGUGAUCCUCUGCCUUAUGGUGGGUCUAAUCUCGGGUCUACUGUAUAUCCUCCUAACCACCACCUCCACCGUAUUUCAAAAUGGCUAUGGCUGGCCCCUGCAGACAGCUGGACUAGCAUAUUUAGGCCUCGGUUUUGGCAGUCUUGUUGGCCUCAUUUUAUUUGCCAAAACAUCCGACCUAGUCACCUUGCGUCUGGCAAAGGCGAACAAUAACAUCAUUGAACCCGAGAUGCGGAUAGCAACGGCCUUCCUUCCGGCGUUGUUCAUCCCGGUAAGCUUUUUCUGGUAUGGCUGGUCCACGCAAGCGCAGACACAUUGGAUAGUCCCGGUAAUCAGUUUAGUGCCGUUUGGGUUCGCCCAAGUGGGAAUCAACGCGACUGCUCAGGCGUAUUUGAUUGAUGCGUCGGGACCAUAUGCUGCAUCUUCGGUCGCCUGUGUAACGGCUGUGCGGUGUCUUUUUGGUGCGUUCUUGCCGCUGGUUGGUCCAAGUCUUUAUGACCAUCUUGGGUUAGGAUGGGGGAACUCAUUGCUGGGAUUUGUUGGGCUGAUUAUGGUUCCGUUUACCAUAUUCUUAUAUCGAUUCGGGAAAAGGCUUAGGGGGAAGUAUCCCUUGGAUACCGAAUAG